GUAUAUAGACUUGAAGCGUUAUCAACACUUGACUAUCUCUGAUAAAACUCAUACACAUUUAUAAUCUCGGCACCCUGUUUAGUGUAUAACACUUUCUCCAACUGCUAUCAGUUCGUAGUGAGACUGUUACUGGACGCGAGAGUGUUAAUUUGGAAACAGUUUUCUUGAUGUCCAAUAAAUGAGUUGUAUGUGCCAGUGAUAGGUGAUUGAGACUUUUGCACUAUGGGAGCCUCGAAACAAAGGAAACUCAGAUUUCUGUACGUCGCUUGGGCUUUCUGUGAGAGCUUUGGAUUUGGAGGUUUGGUUUUCGGAUGGGGAUCUUUUGUUUACGUUCUCAAAGAUGAAGGACUCUACGCGGAAUUGUGUAACAAUGGCACAUCGAAUUCUACUCACAAUGGAAGCCUGAACGAAGAUUGUCCAGACAGAGAUUCCAGACUAGAGCUAGUGUUCACCAUAGGCUCAACGUGCGCUGGAAUUGGGAGUUUUGUUCUAGGGCAAAUCAGUUUCUAUUUUGGUAUGAGAGUUGCAAGGAUUGUUGCCUCGUUAUGUUUUAUGUGUGGUGCAUACAUAAUUGCAUUUACCACCAACGAUUUACCCUGGCUUAUAUUUCCUGGCAUGGCUCUUGUUGCUUUUGGUGGCAUCUCACUGAUAAUGACCAAUGUCCAGCUUUCAAAUAUGUUCCCGGUGGGUGGCGGUGCAGUGGUGGGCAUCAUCAGCGGAGCUUUCGACAGUUCUUCUGGGAUUCAGUUAAUGGUCAAGCUCGGCUAUGAGCAAGGUAUCUCAAGGAAGACUUCCUACUUGAUACUAGCAAGUACUCACGUCCUGACCUUCGUCUCUACCUUCCUGUUUCUACCUAAAGACUAUGUCCACCCUGUGCAGGAAGAAUACGUGGUCACCCAAGAGAUAGAACUGGAAAUUCCAGAGAAACCUGGGCUGGACAGUGGUAAAACAGAGAAGAAAGUAACCUCCAAGACCACAAGUGACAAUGAGGUCAAUCUGUCCAGUCUGAUGAGACUUAUUAGGACACCAACAUAUUUACUUCACGUGAUGUGGGUGUGUCUCUUACAGUUACGUUUGUUCUACAUUCUAGGAUCAAUCAAUAGAAUCUUGGAAAAAGAACUUGAAAACAAGAAGGAAGUUAGUGAUUACACCAAUGUUAUGCUCUAUGUACUUAUGGGAGGUAUCGUGGCUUCGCCCCUGGCUGGCGCAUUUCUAGAAUUGAACAUAAGUUUAUUUAAAAACAGCAAGUCAUCGUUCAGUAGAUCUGUCAAACCAAACAUCAUGUCACUGACACUGACAAGUGCACUGGGCGUGGUGCUGUCGGUCCUGCUGCUUCUAGAGGACCCGUCACAUCUGUAUUAUAUAUUCGUGUUCCUGGUGUUAUACCGAUCUAUAUUUUACACCAUGGUCAACGCCUACAUUGUCCUCGCUUUUCCAAGCGCCUUCAUUGGAAGUUUAAUCGGCAUUACAACCAUAACGUCAGGCGUGUUUUGUUUACUGCAACAUGCUCUGUUCGAAUGGUCGGCCAGACGGAACGCCAAAGAGGUGAAUAUCUUCUUGAUUGUCCUAAUCGGUAUAUCCUGUAUUCAUCCAUUCUGGCAAUGGAUUGCUUGUAGAAGAGCGGAGCAGAGAGAGUCCACAAAAGAAUAAUGGUGGCACAGCGAAAAAUAAAACAAGUACAAUAA